GGGAGGGAAGAACUUGGGGAACGAGAGGACACAAGAAUCUCUGCAGCUUCUUAGGUAUGUAGGCAAAAUGAAGCUGAAUCUGGUGCAGAUCUUUUUCAUGUUGCUGAUGCUACUGCUGGGCCUGGGGAUGGGCCUGGGGCUGGGGCUUCAAAUGGCUGCAGCAGUCUUGGAGGAGAGUGAUCAACCGCUCAAUGAAUUUUGGUCCAGUGACUCACAGGACAAAGCUGAGGCCACUGAGGAGGGAGAGGGCACCCAAACCACAGAAACGCUGGUGCUUAGCAACAAAGAAGUAGUGCAACCUGGCUGGCCAGAAGAUCCCAUCCUCAAUGAAGAUGAGGUUGGAGGAAACCAGAUGCUCAGAGCCUCAGCUCUCUUUCAGAGCAACAAAGACUAUCUUAGACUUGACCAGACAGAUAGAGAAUGCAAUGAUAUGAUGGCACACAAGAUGAAGGAGCCCAAUCAGAGCUGCAUAGCCCAGUAUGCAUUCAUCCACGAGGAUCUAAACACAAUCAAAGCUGUCUGUAACAGUCCUGUCAUUGCCUGUGAGCUCAAGGGGGGAAAAUGUCACAAAAGCUCCCGACCUUUUGAUUUGACAUUGUGCGAGCUGUCCAAACCAGACCAGGUCACUCCUAACUGCAAUUACCUAACUUCUGUUAUAAAAAAGCACAUUAUGAUAACCUGUAAUGACGUGAAACUCCAGUUACCAACUGGAUAAUGAAGCAACUCAUCAUCU